AUGGCGAGCGGCGAGCAUACGUUCGGAAGAAAGACAUUUCACAAGCCAACCUAUUGCCAUCACUGCUCGGAUCUGCUGUGGGGUCUCAUCGGACAGGGCUACAUCUGUGAAGUGUGCAACUUCGUGGUGCACGAGAAGUGCGUGUCCAACACCGUGACACCGUGCCUGGGCAUCGCACCCUACCUGAUCCGGAACCCGGUGGCGCACUGCUUUUCGGAACCGUCGCACCACAAGCGAAAGUUUUGCUCCGUCUGCCGCAAGCGCCUGGACGAAACGCCCGCCGUGCACUGUCUGAUAUGCGAGUACUUUGCGCACGUCGAGUGCCAGGACUUUGCCAUCCCGGACUGCAAGGAGAAUGCCACGUACGUGCCGGGGAAGGAGCUGGGCCACGUCAAACACCAGCACCACUGGCGCGAGGGCAACCUGCCGCAGUCGUCCAAGUGUGCGUACUGCAAGAAGACGUGCUGGUCGUACGAAUGCCUUACAGGUUAUCGUUGUGAAUGGUGCGGCACCACGACGCACGGCGGCUGCCGGAACAACAUCCAGGCCGAGUGCACGUUCGGUACGCUGCAGCCCAUCUACCUGCCACCGCACGCUGUGUCCGUGCCGCGAACGGAAGUGCCGAUGGAAGCCAUCAUCGGCGUGCAGAACCGCAACAAGGGCACGCCCGGCAUCCAGCGGGACUAUUCGUGUCCUCGCAGCAUCUCCGAGGAGAUAGCGUUGGAGAACCGCUACCGUGACGAUGAGUACGUCCCGAAGGGCGAGAGCAGCAGCUCCGGCACUCACCCGAAGCCCGAUUCUGCGCACAAACCCGACAAAGAUAAGGAUAAGAAAGAUAAGGAGAAGGAGGAACGCGAUGAAGAAACAAUCAAGGUAUUCGACGGGAACUGUUCAUAUCGAAGAAGAAUAUUUAGAGCCAUCACCGUACCUAGAACUUGCUCGCUGGAACAACUCUUGACCACCGCCUUGAGGGCCUUCCACAUAGCCAGGGAUCCGAACCUAUUUUUUCUCACCGACGUCUACGGGGACGAGGUCAGACUGCAGGAUCCCACCCCGGUGCCAACACUGCACAGGGUGGAAGGCAAACGACCGGCCACCUACUUAAGAUUUCGCGACAAGGAGAACGAUCAUGGGUUCGUGCGCGUCUACCCGGGCAAGCUGCAGGUGGAGAACGCGUACGUGAUCGUGCCGGUCGACAACGACACCACCGUGAAGGAUCUGAUCGGCGAGUCGCUGAAGAAGUUCGGCAUGCAGAGCCACCAGAUCGAGGACUACCGCUGCUCGGAGAUCCUGCUCGAUCGGGGCGUCACCGAGCGGGUACUGUCGUGGAACGAGCGACCGUGGGAGAUCAUGAAGCAGCUCGGCAAGGACUCGAUCCGCCAGAUGGAGCUGAUGCGCUUCUACCUGCAGCUGAAGCAGGACCCGCACGGUCCGAACCUGGCCCUGUUCGUGGGCAACCUGCCGCCCGGGCUGUCGCAGCGCAACUACGAGCACAUUCUGACCGAGUUCCUGGGGUUCGAGAACAAGUUCAGCAGCAUCGGGCCCAUCUACUACGAGUACGGUUCGCUGGUGAUCACCUAUGAAAAUGCAUCCAAAGCGGUUCGUGCAUUCCAAGCCCUGCGCGAGUCCAAGUACGAGGAGAAGCACCUGCUGGUGUUGCUGCUGCCGAACAUCGAACCGAGCAUGGUGCCGCCCGGUGUCCAGCCGCUGCUGGUGUUCGUGAACGUCAAGUCCGGUGGCUGCCAGGGUCUAGAGCUUAUUAGUAGUUUUCGUAAAUUAUUGAAUCCAUAUCAAGUGUUUGAUUUGGAUAACGGAGGACCACUACCGGGGCUGUACGUGUUCCGUCACAUUCAAGACUACAAAAUCCUGGUGUGCGGCGGUGACGGUACGAUCGGCUGGGUGCUCCAGUGUCUGGAUAACGUGGGCCAGGACUCGGAGUGCUCUAGCCCACCGUGUGCCAUCGUGCCGCUCGGUACCGGCAACGACCUGGCCCGCGUACUGCGCUGGGGAGCCGGCUACACCGGCGGCGAGGACCCGCUCAAUUUGCUGCGCGACGUGAUCGACGCGGAAGAGAUCCGGCUCGACCGCUGGACCGUGGUCUUCCACCCGGAGGACAAGCCGGAGGACGCGACGCCGAAAGCGCAACCCAACUCAACCGGUAAGAAGAAGAAAAUACAACAACAGCAAACCCAACAGCAACAGCAGCACCAGCAACAGCACCAGCAUCCAUCGGUGGCGAUCGUGGCCACCAACCCGGCGCAAGUUGUUGGAGGGGCACAGAGCGAGGACAAUUCGCAGAUCUUCGUGAUGAACAACUACUUCGGCAUCGGCAUCGAUGCCGACCUGUGCCUGGACUUCCACAAUGCGCGCGAGGAGAACCCGAACAAGUUCAACUCGCGGCUCCACAACAAGGGUGUCUACGUGAAGAUGGGCCUCCGGAAGAUGGUCGGCCGGAAGAUGGUGAAGGAGCUACACAAGGAGCUGCGGCUGGAGGUGGACGGUAAGGUGGUGGAGCUACCGCCCGUCGAGGGCAUCAUCAUACUGAACAUCCUCAGCUGGGGCUCCGGUGCCAAUCCGUGGGGUCCGGAGAAGGAGGACCAGUUCAGCAAACCGAACCACUGGGACGGCAUGCUCGAGGUGGUCGGUGUCACCGGUGUCGUGCACUUGGGCCAGAUACAGUCUGGGUUGCGUUCCGCCAUGCGAAUAGCCCAGGGUGGUCACAUCAAAAUUCAUCUUCAUUCCGACAUACCGGUGCAGGUCGAUGGAGAGCCGUGGGUGCAGAGCCCCGGAGACGUGGUGGUACUGAAGUCGGCCCUCAAGGCGACGAUGUUGAAGAAGAUGAAGGGCAAAAUGAAGCGGCGGAACACCGAGCCGACGAUGCAGGUGAUGGGCCCGUCGGGCAUCCAGAUGACGCUGGCCGCCCCCCAGGAGCCCGACGAGGUCGACUCCAACAAUACGGAUUUUUGA